AUGAAAGAAUUUCGUCAGAGAGCCCAAUCACGACUUCGCAAUCUUCCCGUCGAGAUACGGCUGAAGAUAUACGAGCAGAUGACCCCACCUGUCGUUUCACGCCUGUUAGAUUGGAGAGGACUGUUCUUAUCAUGUAGACUGUUCCACUACGAGAUGAAACAUGAACUCCUCCGGAACAUGAUCAAAUAUUUGAAUCGAAUACAAAAGGACUGGGUGAAGGUCCACGCUGCACCUUUGCAAAUCUGCAUACCAACCAGUAUUACCUCGAUCGAAAAACUCUCCGUCGCGAUUCCCAACUCAUACUUCCGCGCUCGGGAAGCUCAAUUCCCAGCUGCACGCAUAUUCUCGGCGACCUUAUUAUCUCUCCUUCAGCUAGGCAUCUCUCAGCUUACCAUUGGAAGAUACGAAGACGACGAUAAGAUGAAACGCACGACAUCCCCAGUAACGGAACACUCCCUAGCGGAUUUUGUGAGGGACCUGCUGGAUUUGAUGGACCCUUCCAAGCCUGCGAGAGCGAUCAAGACCGAUGAUGGAACCGAGUUGGUAGUCUCACGAGGUAGUGCCGUCGAGAGGAUCGCUUUCGAAUGGGGUACCUUUGACGGCGCGUUGGGAGAUGAAGACCUUGUCUUACCUUACUAUGCUUCAGAUUGUCCUGAUGAUAGGACGACAGAGUUCGUGAGGGGACAUAUCUGCGCGCCAGCAACUGGGGUUGUGUGGACGCGACGUCGAUAUACCUGGUAUGGCCAAGUUUUGGGUGAUUUCUGGCACGAGUCAAGCUCCUUGCCUGAGUAA